AUGAAGUUACUAGCUCUGUUCGCUGGUUUACUAGCUGUGGCUUAUGCCAACGAGCUGACCACUGCCUUCAACUACCACGAGAACAUUGGUAUCCAUGAGGCCAGAAGGAUCCAGCUAGCAGAGUCUGCACUUGACUUCGAUGGCUCCAGAAUCGUUGGCGGAAGCCAAGCUAACCUUGCAAAUCACCCACACUUGGGAGGUCUUGUUAUUACCCUGACCACUGGUGGUACUUCAGUGUGCGGAUCAUCUCUUCUCUCAAACACUAGGGCUGUGACCGCUGCUCACUGCUGGAAUGAUGGCCGCCACCAGGCUCGUCAGUUCGUUGUUGUGUUGGGCUCUCUUACUCUGUUCUCUGGCGGUACCCGCAUUACCACUACCAAUGUUCAAAUGCAUCAAAACUGGAACCCUAGAACUAUCACCAACGACGUAGCUGUUAUCGUAAUAAACUGGGUCGGAUUCAGCACAAAUAUUCAAGCCAUCAAUCUGGCGUCUGGAUCAAAUGAUUACGUCGGUACUUGGGCCACCGCUGCGGGCUACGGCCUUACGUCUGAUUCUCAAACUGGCGUCCCAAGCAACACGAGUCGGCGACAAGUCAAUCUGAGAGUGAUCACCAACGCUGAAUGCAGAAACGCCUACGGUUCAGCUUCUGUCAUUGCGUCAACCAUCUGUACAAGCGGUGCUGGUGGCGUUGGAACUUGUGGUGGUGAUUCUGGAGGUCCUCUUCACAUUGGAUCCGGAAGUGGAAGAACUCUGAUUGGUAUCACAUCCUUUGGUUCAGUGAGGUGCCAAGCUGGUCACCCCUCUGCUUUUGCAAGAGUCACCUCCUUCAACAGCUGGAUCAGGGCCCGUCUUUAA